UUAACACCGUUCAAAAGGUUCGAUCUAGUCGGAAAGAAAAGUAGCGUUGAGUAAAGUGUUUCAGGAAAUACUAGUGCGGAUAAAAUUAUGGAGCGAAUCCACGUGGGCGUUUGUUUAUACAUCUUACUUUCAAUAGCUGGUGGUUUAACAACGACUUGUGCAACCGAGACAGAAUGUGGGUUAGAAGGCAACUGUGAACAAAGCAGUCUAAAUAGAGUUAGAAGAAGUAAAGAAAAUAAACAAUCUACAACAUGGCGGCCAAAGUCAAAAACUCCUGCGAAAGAAGAAUCCUCUUCGGAUCGACAUCUAAAGAAAGGAUCAGAAGACCCAGCCGAUGAUACUACCGAUACUCCUAUACGAAAACGACAAAAUCUGAUUUCUUUCGAAAGCUUAGAAUGCGACUCAUGCAACUCAAUGAUAGGGGGUGGUGCUAACACCAUAAUUAUUAACGGUGGACAAAUUAUUGACGGCGGACAAAUUAUUAACGGCGGACAAAUUAUUAACGGCGGGCAAAUUUUUGAUGGCGGGCAAAUUUUUGAUGGCGGGCAAAUUAUUAACGGCGGACAAAUUUUUGACGGUGGAUCACUGAACGGACAAAUUUUAAACGGUGGAGCAAUCGGCCAAAUUAUUAAUGGGGGAUCAUUUGGACCAAUUAUUAAUGGUGGAUCAAUUAAUGGACAAAUAAUUUAUCCCGGGGAGCAAUACAUUUAUCCUGGGCAAUACUAUAACUAUACGAUUUCACAACCUACUAUAAUUGGUGGUUACAACUUUACUGUCCCGUUUCCGGGAAAUAAUAUCUAUUAUCCUUUAGUAAAUGCUAGCUUUUGGACACUCAAUGACCUUAUUACUUUUAAUACUUCUUCUUUCUGGAAUGACAUACAAAUAACCUUCAAUAACAGCUUUCCAUCUAUUUCUUGGCCCAACCAAUACCCUUAUUGGCAGUAUGAACCAGGCAAAUUUUAUAAUGCUAGUUGGUUUGAUUCUAUGCAAAGUAGUUUAACUACCUACAUUGAUUGGGUAUACAAUAACUACGGAAAUGUCAUACAGAUGUGUGAAAAAUAUCCGUAUUUUGCUUGGCCCAAAGAAUCAUACACUUAUUUUUCCUGGAUAAACGGCAAUUAUUACUAUUAUCUAAUUAAUGGAAUAGCUAAUAGGUUUAAUAUAUCGAUUAGUAACAAAUAUCCAGAUAUUUUCAGUCAACCAUAUAUCAAAUUUAAUUUUCCAAUUUCCAUUAAAAGCAGUGUUUACUUGAUAACGAUAACUAUCAGUCAGAUAAUAGAAAACAAAGGAUUUUCAAUCAAUAUGAUACCUCCUGGUCAAUGUAUUUGUUUAUCUCCCAUAUUAGGUACUAUACCAGCAGGUCAGCAAAGUUGGGCGUACUUUUUAUUAUCACAUUCCUUAGCCCAAUAUCUUAAUAAUCAACAACCAGGUUUUUGCUUCUGCCCUUAUCAAGGGAAUACAACUCCAAAUUUAGAUGGAGACAUAGACGAACAGGUGGUUCAGAUCGAAACACAAUCAGGAAUUAUAAGCUCUGAAUUUAAUAUAUGUUUAUAUUGCAAAGAAAAAAGGGGUUCACCACCAGUGUGGUAUUAUUUCCUCUUAAAUCGUGAUACUGGAAAAUUACCCAAAGAAGCAAAAUUAGGAUUUUGUCUGAAUACAGGAGGAGAAGUCGCUAUUCAGCAAGAUUUAUAUCCAUAUCCAGGAUUUAUAAUAUAUCCACCAUAUCAAAUUAUUGUUUCUGGUUAUAACGUAGAGCAGACCGGCUAUUGCCUUUGCCCAAAUCCAAAUUCUAAAUUUCCUCAUAAUGCUAAAAUUUUUAACUACUUUUUGCGACCCCUUCAUGGAGAUACAGUUUGUUCUUGUCCAUAUUCUAAUGCAGACAUAUUCGUACCCCCUAAUAUUCGUCCAUCUCACAUUAUUUUAUGCACAGAAAAUACACCAAGCAUAAAUAUAAAUGAAGUGUGGCCCCUUUUGCAACUGAUAGAAAAUGUUGAACUAAGCGAAUAUUGCGUAGAUGGGCAGUAUUAUCCAAUAAUUCCUAAUGAAAAUGACCUAAAACCGAUAGAGGUUGAAGAAGAAACAGAUCAGAAACAACUUAAUCAUCUAGAACCAGGAAUUUGCGUUUGUUUGUCUCCUGUUCUAUCAUUCAACUCAGUAAAAUGGUUCAUUAAUUUAAAACAUGUACUUUCGCCCAAUAUUGAAAAUAAAAAAGGAUUUUGUUUUUGUCCUCCUGGAGACGCAUCUGGUACUAUACCAGUACCAAUAAACAUUAAUGAAGUUAUUAAUCCUGGUACCUGUUUAUGUUUUAAAAAAGAAAAGAGUUUAAAUAUCUGGCUAUACGUUCUUGUUCACGCAGCUGGAAAUAAUAAAGGCUUUGAUUUUUGUAUGUGCCCACCUGCUUGUAACCCAUAUAUUUUUUCAGAGCAAAUGAUUUCUGGUAUAACACUGUAUGAAACGCAAAUAAUCAUAACUACCGACCAAAGAUAUGUUCGUCAGCCUGGAGUGUGCUUGUGUCCUAUAGUCGCAAACAAUCAAGGAAUUCACUACUCCCUAUGGCCAAUACUUUUUGAUCAAACAAUUGGUGACAACAGGUGCUUCUGUCCUAAAAUAGAAGUUCCCGUAGCUCCAAUAAAACCUAAACGCCAAAGUUAUAUUUGCUUAUGCACAGAUAAUAACAGAAAAGCCAUUUUUUAUUUAAUAAACAAUGAACAAGCAGCAAAUUGUCCCUGUUCCAUGAUACCUGACACCAGCCAUACUAUUACUAUAUUACCAUUUCCCAAAAAUAACGAAGGUGAUAUUACUAAGGUCAUACCACAUUGGAUACCCUCUCAAGAAAAACACCUGAUAGAACCUGGAACGUGUAUUUGCUUGUUUUCUAUUACAGAUAUAAUAAACGCUAAGAUUGAAAACUGGUUCUUUAGUAAACAAAGUAAAUUCCUAAUCGAGAAUUAUAACGGACAAGAAUUUUGUUUCUGUCCAUCUUACCAAAUAUCACAAAACAUAAUCAUAUCUACUCCACCCGAAUACAUUAGACCUGGAUUCUGUUUGUGUUUUGAGCGAGAUAAUCAAAAUAUUUGGAAUUAUCAAAUUUUAAAUCAAGACUCUAACAUCGUUUUCACCACUACUGAAUCAACAUUUUGCUUAUGUCCACACAGUCCGACAUUUGAAAUUAAUGCUCAAGGUUCAAUUACUGGAGUAAUAGUAUAUCCUCCAAUCUACGAUAUGGACAAAAUAUUCUACCCUGGAAUCUGUCUUUGCCCAUCCAGUGCACUGCAUGAAACCAUAGGUCUUUAUUAUAUUCUAUUUCCUAUUACAAGUACGGAACCCAACAACAACUUCUGUUCAUGUCCUGUGCAAGAACCGCCUAAUGAAGAGACAAUUAAAAUACCUUACGAUAUAUGUCUCUGCCCAUUAGUAGAUUUUUAUGGUAGAUUCAAAAAUAAGUUUUACAUUGAGUUCAAGAGAAACAAUAUUAAUGGUGGCUGCUCUUGUUCAGUAGCCAAUAAUGAGGUUACUGGAUAUCUACUACCAAAGUUUCCUGAUCAGUAUAUAAAUAUAACUGUCGUACCAAUACCUGGAGAGAACACUUUUACACCACCACCAGGAGGGUUCACACUACCAACACGGUAUACCUUCCCAACAAUAACAUGGCCGACAUUACCAAAGUGGACUUGGAAUUUGACAACACCAACAUGGACUUGGCCAACACCAAAAUGGACUUGGCCAACAACAACUCGGCCUACCCAGCCACCACCGCCGUGGUCUAUAGAGACAAAACCGCAAACAUGGCCUACUCAAACGAAAAGACCAACAACUAAGCGGACAAAACCAACUAAACCAACAAAACCUCCAACGAGACCAUCAAAAAAACCACAAAAACCACCGGGUGAACAAAUUGGGCCUAACUACUGUCUUUGCUUAUCUGUACAAUUAAAUAAUAAUAAUGAGAUAAAUUGGUUAUAUGAAAUAUCCAACCCAUCUUCUAACCCAUAUGGAAAAAAUGGAAAAUCUGGAUAUUGUUUUUGUCAACCACCUGUUCAAGAUCCUCCCGAACCUGAGGAUGAAAAACAUUAUCCACCAAAACCUAUCGGAAAAAAUAAAUGUAUCUGUAUGGCUCCCUAUUUUUCGCUAACAGGACAAAUUGAAUGGUCCUGUUUCCUUAUCGACAUAAAAUCAAAGAAAAAACAUGAGCAAUCGGGGUCUACUUUCUGCUUUUGUCCAUAUAUCAAUAAUAAUGAGAAACCACCAAACGAAAAUAAUCCUGGUUUUCCAAUACCGGCUCCAAUACAGUAUCCUGGCGUUUCCUAUUUCUGUGUUUGUCCUACGAAAAUGUCGAAUUUAGUAAAAUCUUGGAUAUACUAUAAUUUUUAUCCAAUUACAGAUCCAUAUUUUAAUAUCGAAUACGGUUGUUGUUCUUGCCCAUAUUCUAGGCCUGAAGUUCAGACGGACAAUGCUAUUAUGAAACCGGGAAUUUGUCUUUGUUCAACAGCCAGUUAUCCAGGAGCCCAAACGUGGUCAAAUUUCAUUUUACAACAGGUUGACAGCAGUGGAAAGUGUAACUGUAAUAAUGGUCGUGUGUUCGUGAUUUAUCCACCAGCAACUGGGUUCUCCGAAGUUAAUAUUCAAACGAACACUAUAACAACACAAAAUGGUUUUCAAGUAGACAUCGCAGUACUAUUACCUUAUGGUAUUAUUGGCGGACAAUAUCUAAAUUUUUCAGUUAAUGUCUUCUCCCAAAUAUUUGCCAACUGCUAUCAAAAUGCUUUUAUCCAAAGCAAUUCUGGAACUCCUUUUGUAUUUAAAGCCACUCCAGCACGACUCGGAUCGAACCAAUUAAAUACAGGUGUAUGCUAUAGAGGAUAGAAAAAUGUAAAAACAAAGCUGUGAGGAUCAAAAUGAAAAAUAAAUUAAAGUUUAAGAUGAAAAUAUUUUUAAACUUGUAUGCUAAUCAAUAUUAUAAUAAAGUUUAAAAUCUG